CUUUCACUUUUUGCCUCUUGUUUGUUCCGUGGGGAGCGGGAUCGAUCGGAGGAGGGGGCGUCUCCUUCUCGUUUCCGCUCCCCCUCGCUGGCCGCUCCUUCUCCAAUUAGUCAGUCCUGGAGCCUCCGGGCGGAGGAGGAGGAGGGAGGAGGAGUGGGGGGUGCAGGGUGGCUUCGCUGUCCAUUGGACCCCAGCAGCACCAGCCGAGUCCAGGCUCUCUCGUCUUCCGUCCCAACUUUUCUCCCCCUCCCCGUCUCAUCUGUGGCAAGGAGGCGCUUUCCAGAGGCGCGGAGACGGAAGGUAGGGUGGAAGGGGGAGCAGCUGCCUUGGGCAUCGGGGAAGGGACUCCCGCGAAGGAAGUGGCUGGCCGAGCCCGGCCCGAGGAGCUUCCCCAGCCCGGAGCAGCAGUAGCAGCCGUGGCGGCGGCGGCGGCAGCAAGCAGAGUUGAGGCAGCAGGCUCUGCGCGUGGAUCUCCUCGCCUUGGCACGGACUUUGCCAGCUUGUGAGCGAUUCAAACAAGUGGCUCCAGCAUCACUUUGGAGUGGUGGCGGCGGCGGCGGCUCCUGAGAGCGAAGCCCCGCUGCUGCCCAGCUCUUCCUCCUCGCCUCCUCUCGCUUCCCCCGACACACGCCCGCUCUCUCUCUCUCUCUUUUUUUUUUAAUUUGAGGAUGAAAUAAUGUUGACAUGCCUUGAAUUAUUAAGUAUCCCCUGGAUUUUAUUAGCACACGAUGCCUAAAUGCUGCCUGUAUCUGGUGGGGUCUUAACCGGGCGUGCGGAGGAGCGGCACACACAGCGGCACAGGGAGCGGCGGGCAGCUCUGACAGCUGGGCUUGUGCAGAUAAACGAAAGGAAGCACCCGCCGGAGGAGGAGAUCCCGAGUGAGACAAGAGCCAAGCGGCGCUCGCAGCUCCUGAGCGACGGGGGCCAGGCUCCCCAGUCCUCCUCCUCCUCCUCCUCCUCCUCCUCCCCCCCUUCAGCUGGGCUGACUAAUUUAGGGGCGUCCUGCAGCAUCCCGGGGAGAGCGGCCGGUGCCGGGCACCCCAGGCCCCCGCUGCCUCCCCUCACUGGGGGGGUAGUGUGCUGCCUGGUGCCUCGGCACAGAUGCCGAUUGAGAUUGUCUGCAAAAUCAAAUUUGCAGAGGAGGAUGAGAAGCAGGCGGCGAAAGAGGAAGGGGACAAGGAGAGCUUGCUAGAGGAGCCCCGCCGGCCUCGCCACCGUGACCUGGCUGCCUUUGCUGGCACCAGCACCCUGCACGGCCUGGGCCACAUUUGCCACUCGGGGCAGCUGGGUGUCCGGCAGGCCCUCUGGGCACUUGCGUUUGUGGCCUCUCUGGCCUUUUUCCUGUACCAGGCGGCCCGGUCGGCACUCUUCUACCUGGAGCACCCACAUGUCACCACCCUAGAUGAGGAGGCCACCCAAAAGAUGAUCUUCCCAGCUGUGACCAUCUGCAACAUCAAUCGCUUCCGCCACUCGGCACUUACCGAUGCCGACAUCUUCCACUUGGCCAACAUGACCGGACUUCCGCCCAAGGACCGGGAUGGGCACAAGGCCUCUGACCUGCUCUACCCUGACCCAGACAUGGCUGACAUUGUCAAUCGCACUGGACACCAGCUUGAUGACAUGCUCAAGAACUGCAGCUUCAGGGGUGAGAACUGCUCGGCAGAGAACUUCACUGUGGUCUACACACGCUAUGGGAAAUGCUACACAUUCAAUGGUGACCGGAACAAACCAUGGGUGACUCGCCAGAGUGGGAUGGGCAACGGGUUGGAGAUCAUGUUGGACAUCCAGCAGGAGGAGUACCUGCCCAUUUGGAGAGAAACCAAUGAGACAUCAUUUGAAGCUGGAAUUCGGGUACAGAUCCACAGCCAGGAUGAGCCACCCUACAUCCACCAGUUGGGAUUUGGAGUCUCCCCUGGUUUCCAGACCUUUGUGUCCUGCCAGGAGCAGCGGCUGACCUACCUGCCCCAGCCCUGGGGGAGCUGCCGGGCCAGUGUGAAGGGGGAACAGAUUCUGCCUGGCUAUGAAAGCUACAGCAUUGCUGCUUGCCGGCUGCAGUGCGAGAAGGAGGCCGUGGUGCGGAACUGCCAAUGCCGCAUGGUGCAUAUGCCAGGAAAUGAGACCAUCUGCUCACCUAAUGUCUACAUUGAAUGUGCUGACCACACACUUGAUACAGCGGUCGAAGAUUCCCAGGAACGCUGUUCCUGCCCCACACCCUGCAACCUGACGCGUUAUGGCAAGGAGAUCUCUAUGGUGCGCAUCCCCAACAAAGGCUCAGCCCGGUACCUUGCUCGCAAGUACAAACGCAACGAGACCUACAUCCGAGAUAACUUCCUGGUGCUGGACAUCUUCUUUGAGGCACUGAACUAUGAGGCGAUUGAGCAGAAGAAGGCAUACAACCUGGCAGGGCUCCUGGGGGACAUUGGAGGCCAGAUGGGCCUGUUCAUCGGGGCCAGUGUCCUGACUGUCUUGGAAAUCCUGGAUUACAUCUAUGAGGUGAUCCGUGACAAAGUGGCCCACGGCUUACGGCGCCCCAAGCCUCCUCUGAAGAAGCCUUCAGGCAGCAUUGCCACCUUGGGACUGGAGGAGAUCAAGGACCAGAGCCCCUGUGAGACCCUGGGCCGCCACUCGGAGGGGACAUACCCCACAGGCCUCCUGCCUAAUCAUCACCAUCGCCACCACUACUCGCCCCAGGGGGUCUUCGAGGACUUCGCUUGCUAGGCCGGCUCGUGCAGUGCUCCCCCAAAUGGCGGUCGUGCUCUUGGCACAGCUUCAUGCACUGUGGGGUCCACCCAGUGCAAAAAGGCCUUCCAAGUUCCAAGGCCAGGCCGAGCUACCUUCUCCCACCUCCCAAGGCUUCCAAAAAGCAUUUGGUGCUUUUAGCCCCCUUCUUCCUGUCAACCCCUGCCCUGUCCGCCACCCUGUCUAGCUGGCCCUCAACCCUACGGCCCAGCGCCCCCAUCUUGAAGCACACAGCAAGCGCCAGCUGACCAAAUCAGGACGUCUAAAUGACCUCCAGAACGCUCCCCAAAGAGGCUUAGCUGGGGCAGACUGUCCUGAACUUCAAAGCGGGAGGAAGGGCAGUGGGGAACGUGGAGCACACUAGGGGGGGUCUAAUACAGCUCCAGGAGGGACGAGCAAAAAUCUAAAAUAGAUCCAGCCUAACCUGAUACGGUAGCACCCCUCAACCUGCUGCUCACAACCCAAAAUGGCAGGGGCUGCCAGUGCCCCAAGUUCCACAUGGUGGUGGUGAUGCUCCCUCCAGCACUUCUCACUUUGUCCUGUCCUACCCAGCAUUCUUCUUCCUACCUGCACCCAUCCCCUAAUCUUUACAAACACCCAUCUGAAUACUGCCUCCCCCCCCACACACACACAGUGCUUCAGGGCACAAAGCAGGUUCUGUGUCCCGCUAGCUGGUGCUGGGCAGUGCCCUCUUGCCCACUUGCGUCUCCCACACUGGCAUUGUGCUCAUAAUAGGGUUCAAGUCCCUAAAUCCUGCCCUUAGAAGAGAGGCUGUGCCCCUUUACUACAGGAGCACUGGGCCUUCUCCUCCCCACAAAGCUGGCCACCUGUCACUCCUCCCUUUCUCCCUUGCAAUUGUAUAUUUGUACAUACCUAAUUGGCACCUGUGGUUUCUAGCCAGAUGUCCGGGCCUUCAUUGUUACAACUGCCCCCUACUGGUGUCCCUGAGAACUGCUGAAAGGGCUGGGCACUGAUAUAGGCAUCAAAAUCUCAGGUUUCCUCCAAGCCCAAGUGCAGAGAUAGACGCAGUAGGGGGUUGCGAGCAGCAACCAAGCCCAAGUUUCCCUGGGUCAACACCUUCCCAGAUGUACAGCCUUUGCCCAUCCCCAUAUCAUCACCCAUCCCCACCUCCAGCAGCAUUCAGGGUCUGAGCCGCAACCACUCCAUCCCCCGGAGAUAAGAGCAGGGGACUUCAAAGGGUGCCACACAAUGUCAAGGGGAAGAUAGGAGCUCCACACAGUCUCCAAGACCCUAGGAGUAGACCCCACUGAAGCAGUCAGUAGCAGAACUAUCCAAUGCAUAUAUUAUCCCAGUUAGUGGACAUCAUACCUACAUAGGUAUCUAUGUGUGAUGAAUUCUCAAGUGUAUGAGGUGGGUGGUAUUGUCAGCCUCUAGGUUUCUGCCAGGCCCCUGAGGAACGUUACAACAGGGAAAAGCCAAUCAAACCACCUUGUGCACCUUUGUGGGGCAAGGGAGCAUCCCAAAACCCGCUGUGGCCCUCAGCAUUCCUGUAGCAAACCAGCAUGCACUGUCAAGACACAUAAGAACCCUCAUGGGCCUACUGAGAUCCUGCCCCACACUUAGGGAAGUGUGUCUGCCCCUCUGGGGUACAUGUUCAAGAAGGAAGGUGGCUCCAACAGGGACAUGCUGCAAAUGCCCUCCCCACACACCCUGACCCCUCCCCCCCCGACCUCGUUACAACUCCAGACUCUUAUCUAUACCAACUCUUAAAGCCAAGAGCCUAGAAGCCUUUGGCUGUUGUAGAGGGAUUAGGAUGUUGAUGGUACACUUCAUCCUGCCUGCUGGAAAUGCUUUGGACUCUAGUGGGUACAGCCCUGCAGGCUUCAUGGGGCUCUGAUGGGGGACCCAGCCAGGGAUCUUCCUAGGAGGAGCCUAUCAUCCCUACAAAUUUAUGGAGCGCGAGUCGCUGUUUUACAAGUGUACAAGUUUCUCCCAAUAAAGAGGCACAAGUAGAACUCCA